AUGUCCCCUCCGUUUCGACCAGUGGGUUUGCUCAUAGGACCAGGCCGCUUCAUAUCGAAACCAAACUCCACAUCACCUCUUUCUCUUGGUUCACGCUCCACAGGUCUAAUCUCACGGCUCUUCUUUGACGAUGGUUUCUCAUGCUUCGAAGCUUUGUUGUUGUUUUUGUCUUUGUGUUGCUUUCCACCGCGGUUGCAUAGUCUUCCAAACACACAAGCCAGUGCUGCCAGAACAAGAAUUGCGGCUAGAACUAUGAAUGCUGUACCAAACGAGCCACUUGAACCGGAGGAUGAAGGCGAGAAAGAAGAUGAAGUAGAAGAAGAAGUAGAUGGAUACACUUGUGAUUUAUGUGAGUUUGUUUAA